AUGGCUGAGGUGCGCGACUUCUCUUCGGCGGCCAAUCUCGAUCGAGGGCUGGAUGUCAGCCAGCGGAGGCGUGAGAAGGACGAGUGCGGCGUGCAGAUGCCGCCAGGCGUUCUGGAUCUGUCAGUACUAGUGGGCGUUCAUACACGCUACUUAAACCGCACUGCCGCACGCCCUCGGUCGUUUCCCCGGCUCCCAUCCAACCAGUCGACACACUCCCUCUCGACCUCUUUCUGUAGAACGCCCCCGGACGAUCCUCCGACGACCGUAACGCCCUCCACAACCACGAUCAUGUUCACCUCCCUCGUUCUGCUCGCUGCUUUCGCCGCCUCGGCGGUGGCUUUCACCGUCACUGCUCCCACCAACAGCACGCCCUGGUCUACUACUGGCUCUAACACCGUGUCUUGGACCUCGGUGUCCACCGAUCCGUCCACUUUCACUCUCGUUCUCGUCAACGAGCAUGAGUACCCGGUCUUUCAGCAAGUCCUCGAAAAUUCUGUCCAGGCAAGCGCUGGCUCUGUGACAGUGAAUGCGCCCAGUGGAGGCUGGAAAGCCGGUGCCGACUACCAAGUCAACAUUGUUCAGGACACCAAUAACCUCGACGCUAUUCUUGCCCAGUCUUCCCAGUUCACCAUUGUCGAAUCUUCUUCUAGUUCGUCCACCUCCUCGAGCUCCUCCACUACGUCCUCAUCGAGCACCACCACAGGCACGACGACAACGUGA